AUGAACGGGUCCGAGAGUCGGGCGGCAGAAAACCGUGGGAAGAACACAAACGUGAUGUCGGAGCGCACACUCCAAACGGUGUGUUCGGGCUUUAUUGGCGGGGUCAAGAUGGAGUCUACCGCUAUGGUCGCCUGCCCCGCCCUCGAGAUACAUCGCACCCCUAGGCUCUGGUGUAUUGCUGCUAGGAAGGCCAUAGGCCACCUAUCCAAGACCUGCGCACAAGAGGCUGCCGAGGCCAAGAGGAUGCUUAGCGCCAUCAAGGCUGCAGAGGAAUCAGUAGAGGGCCCGAGUUGGAGCACUGCCCUGGACGGUACCACAUGGCGCGGCGAAGGGUGUCCGAGCGGCGACUUCACCGAUAACAUGCCCAAGUUGAUCACCCCCCAAGGACAGAACCGCGCUGCUAUGUGCAUCAUGGUCUUGGGCCCCGAGCUUGGUCUAUCCUCCGCCCGAGCGGGGGAGUUCGGCGAAUCAGCACUCUUCGAGUCUGACAGCGAGUCCAAGACCGAGCAGCUCAAAACGGCCCUAUCCUGCCCCAAAGCUCUUUUCUGUGUCAACGUGUACAACCAUCUCGGAUACUCGGACUGCAUGGCGAAGGGAGACAAUCUGCAUACCGGGGAGACGGAGUCUCGGAAACCAGCGCACUAUGCUUUGUUCAGGCGGCUGGGCUACGUCGUCCAACAGGUCAUGAACCCGUCGACGACUGUUUACGACGCCUUCGCCAUUGAGGUGAUGGGUCCCGGCUGGAGGGACAAACUAUACCCAGGAGGGGGGGAUACUCCUUCUCCGUCCACCCAAGAGGAGACCCGCGGCGUCAACAAGAUGUUCCAGAGACUCAGCAGCUACGUCAACCGGACGCUGGUGGAUGCACCCGCUUUGCGGUGCAAAACAAACAAGGGGAAACAAUGGGAGACGCUGGUGUACGCCAUUGCGCUACACCCCAACAGGCCUAUUGUCAAAGCGAUAGUCGAGAGGCUCUACCAGGAGGACCAGUCCUACGACGAGGACCAGUCUGUCAGCAAUGAGGACGGCGACAAGAAGAAGGCGCGCCGCUUCACCAGAUCCAGCGACCCCAAGCCCGAGGCGAUUCAAGCCCUGUUCAGUCUACUGCCUCGGACGCAGGGGUUGCCGCGUGUUCUGGAAACUAUCGCCGAGAAGGGAUUGGUCAAUGCAACCAAGACUCUAGCUGUCGAGGAGAGCACCACCGACAUAUUGCGGGCGUUUUGUCAAUCGGUCGCUCGUGGGAGUUUCAUCAUUCCUAGCGGUCAAGGCACCGUCGGCUGCAGCACACCGGCUAGGAGCGUGGAGGAUCUCCUGCCUUCAUUCGUCGAUGAAGGACAUGUUGACAUGUUCGCAGCAAACAACGGCAGCCUGUCAUCGAAGCUGCAGAACACCCUGGAGACUUGUUGGAACGCUUUCAAACCCCACGUGAAGUCCCCAGAGGGUCUCCUAGGCAUCAACAAGAAGCCCGUAUUGGGUUUCCUCAGCGCGAGUAACAAGACGGUUACAGUCCCCGGAAAAGGCGACAAAUGCGAGGUUCAUAUCUCGACCAGCUCUGUGCCGAUAGAGUUUGACUCGGCGCUGACAGGGCACUUUCUUUCUUACGAAGAGGAAGUCCAGGAAGGAGUUAGGGGUAAGAAGGAUGCACCCGAGGGGACACCCGGAACCAAAAAAUCUCCUGAAGAAUUGGAAAAGGCAAGGGAAAGGUGCCUCCUCAAGAAGAAGGCGCGGCGACUUGCGAUCGAGUUCUCCAUGCUCAUCGUGCAGCAGGUCCUAGAAGUGGAUGUUGCCAAGUUCAGUCUUCUAUGGGGGGCACUUGACGGGAAAGGCAUCCUGAAGACCACUCUCCAGAAUACCCCAUCUGCUCUGGACACUGGCAAUGGCGGACAGAUCAGCAGUUUUUUUUACCAGGAUCGUCUCGACAUUAUCCACGGCGCUACGGCGGGGAAAGUUCCGAUGGCAGGAGCGGAAGAAGAGCAGCUGGACGAUGGCGCGGAAAUGCAAGAAGAGAUGGGUGAGGGCCUCGGCACCGGCAAUGACACAUCGGUGGACAACGUCCUCAUCGACCUGGGGAAUGGGGUAACGUUCACGGGCAGAGUCUCCAUGAACGACGUCACUUCUCUCGCAAGACCGACGGCGGUGACUAUAUCAUUGCUGGCAGCUGCUGAUGAGACGGACGGAGACAACGCGACGGACAGUCCUACCGCCAACAGCCGGGGCAGCGAUGGCUUUCCCACAACCCCGACGUACGCCGGGCCAGCACAAGAGACAGGUGACAGAAGCAGUGGUUCUUCGAGGAAGCGGAGCUUGAGUACAUCGGGGGCCCCUUCGUCGGGCAUUCGGCGGGAGGAACAAGUACAUACUGCUCGGCGAGCAGAUGUUCCUCGGCUACCAGUCCGUCCUAGGCUAUCUGCUGAAUCAAGCACCGGAGGGACGGCCAACUACGCAGCGGAUGCGAACUUCACUCGACCGAGUGCUUUGGGAGCCGCUCGGGCUGGACUGGGGGUCCAGGAGUCUACGAGUGCCGCGAAGCUGCCCGGCAAUGCGACGGACAUCGGCUCAACGCCUGAGACGAUUAAACAAAUUGCCGAGAUCAAGGAUGUACUCCAACAACGACGCGACGAGUGGGACGCUCGCUCUUCCGUGCCGAGAGAGGCGGGAGAAACGAGAAGUUUAUUUUGUGGCGUUCGCUACCUUCUGUGGGACACGGGCUUUGGAUAGAAGAAAUAUUUAACACCUGCCACGCGGUAGGGCAGUGUUCGUCGAUCGAACGAAAAGGGUCGGAAGAAAAUAAAAUCCAUGUAUUAUGUGUACAUGAAUGCGUGCAGAGGAAAGGGAAGUUUAGUCGCCUAAAGCUGCUGAUUCUACAAACAGUAACACCAUGGUGUUAUGUCAACGU